AUGUCCAUCGAUAACAAGCCCAACCCCCCGCGCGACGAGUCCGACGACUCUGCUGAUUCCACUCCCGAGAGAGAGCAGAACAACUCAGCAACUGUUUCUGGCAACAGCAACAAUGCCGUCCAGGACGCCCAGCAACCCAAGCGGAAGGGUGGACGCAAACCGAUAUACGCUACAUCAGAGGAGCGUAAACAGCGAAAUCGGCAGGCACAGGCCGCUUUCCGUGAGCGCCGGACCGAGUACAUCAAACAACUCGAGGAAACCAUCCGGAUCCACGAAUCCAACCUGCACAACCUCCAGUCCGCCCAUCGCAAUGCCGCCGACGAAUGUUUGAUGCUCCGCUACAAGAACUCGUUGCUUGAGCGAAUUCUUCUCGAGAAAGGCAUCGAUGUCCAGGCCGAAUUGCAAGCCAAGGCCGAGAGUCCUAACCUGGGGCCUGCGCAUGUCCCUCAAAACAUAGUGCAGCCGCCUCCAAUUCAGAGACCCAUCAUGAAUCGACAACACCACAACCGCAAGUCAAACUCCAGCAUUGCCCCGAAGCUUGAGCCAGGGUCUGGAGCUGUUGGUUCUGCCAUGCAGGCUCCCAAGUCUGCCACCUCCCCAAAGAACCGCCCUACGCCGUCAUCUCACUCCAACUCUCCCAAUAAUGCUGCCUCGACCUUCUCUCCCGCUCCAUCAGACAGCAUUUCCAUGCGAGGCUCUAUCUCAGGGCUUACCCGCCAGCAUCUCUCACUAGGAGGUACUACUCAGCCAUCCAGAAGCACGGUGCUUCAGGUUGCCACGCCCCGAAGUGUCGCUGGCACGGGCGCCUCUUACUAUCCUACGCCGGCAUUCCAAAACCACGUUGAGCAAGCUGACCACGAUUAUGACAGCCGAGCAGACAUGGUGGACGACUCUGAAAUAGAAACUCCCAGUGGACACGGCAGUUUUGGGGGCGCCUUCAACAGCGACACAACCCAGCCCAUGCUCCUCUCUCCCACUUCUACUGGCCCUGCGCAUCACGAGCAAGGGGGACACCAGGCGUCGCUGUCUAACCACCACUUCCCAUCCAUGACCCAGCUGCUCGACCACCAGAACCUGGACUGGGAUCCGUUCGGUCUGAGCGCCAGCAUGGCUUUCCCUAACCAGCAAUUCCCCUUUGACCAAUCCAGCUUGCGGUGA